AUGAAGUGCUUCCUCGCCAUGCCCGCUCUUUUCGCCCUGGGCGCCCUCGCCGACUCGUCCUCCACCUGGGCUUAUACAUGGACCUUCUCCAGCAGCUCCAGUACCUGGACGUCCGCGACCUACGCCACCGAUGUGGCCGUCGCCAACGCGACCGCCACGGCCGUCGAGGUUGCCGCCUCCAGCGUCUCCACCCCGGCCCCGUGGUCCGAGUGGCUCUACACGACCUCGUACACCGCGGAAUACAGCUCCGGGAGCUCGACGUGGGAAGUCCCCACGGCAGUCAGCUACAGCGAGGCACAGAAUUUCACGAGCAUGAUCGCCGCACCUACCACAGCCGUGUCCAGCACUUUGGAAGUCCUGGCCACGACCACCACGCCACCCAUCUCUCCCGCUAGUACGACGGCCGCUGCGCCAUCGGCCUUUACCGGCGGUGCUGUCAGUGAGAAGGCCAUGGGGCUGGGCGCUCUGGCUGUUGCUGGCUUGGCUUUCGUUCUGUAG